CAGCUAUGUAAUGUUUUCCGAUCCCAUGAAAUGGAAAUUGACCAGUGUUUGCUGGAGACCCUUCCCCUUGGCCAAAGGCAGCGGCUGGUGAAACGCAUGCGCUGUGAACAAGUCAAAGCCUACUAUGAAAGAGAGAAGGCUUUUCAGAAACAGGAAGGCGUCCUGAAGAAACUGAAGCAUGGGAAGAAACAGAAAGUCCAUUUCAACCUUGCUGACAUGAUACAGGAUGCAAUUAUCCACCAUGAUGACAAAGAAGCACUUCGACUGUUGAAGGAAGGGGUGGACCCCCACACACCCGUUUCCUCAGGAGGGUCCUUGCUCCAUCUGUGUGCUCGCUAUGAUAAUGCCUUCAUUGCAGAGAUCCUGAUUGACAAAGGGGUCAAUGUCAACCACCAGGACGAAGACUUUUGGACACCAAUGCACAUUGCCUGUGCAUGUGAUAAUCCUGAUAUUGUCCUGCUCCUUGUAUUAGCUGGAGCCAAUGUCCUGCUCCAGGAUGUCAAUGGAAAUAUCCCAUUGGAUUAUGCUGUAGAAGGGACAGAAUCAAGCUGUAUUCUAUUGACCUAUCUGGAUGAAAAAGGAGUGGAUCUGACCUCCCUGCACCAGAUGAAGCUUCAGAGACCCAUGAGUAUGUUGACAGACGUCAAACACUUCUUAUCCUGUGGAGGAAAUGUUAACGAGAAAAACGACGAUGGAGUAACACUGUUACAUAUGGCAUGUGCAGGCGGCUACAAGGAGGUGGUGUCUCUUCUCCUGGAACACGGCGGGGACCUCAAUGUAGCAGAUGAUCAGCACUGGACCCCGCUUCACUUGGCAGCCAAGUACGGCCAGACAAACCUGGUAAAACUUCUUUUGAUGCAUCAGGCAAAUCCAAACCUUCUGAACUGCAAUGAAGAGAAAGCCUCGGACAUCGCUGCAUCUGAGUUUAUUGAGGAAAUGCUGCUGAAAGCUGAAGUUGCCUGGGAGGAGAAGAUGCAGGAGCCCCAGUCCGCGCCCACCGUAGCACAAGAGGAGCCCUACGAGGAGAUCCUUCAGGACCUGCCGGCCCUCCCCAGUAAGCUCAGUCCCCUGGUGUUGCCAAUUGCCAAGCAAGACAGUUUGCUGGAAAAAGACACUAUGUUCAAAGAUGCAACAAAAGGUCUAUGCAAGAAACAAUCUCAGGACAGCACUCCUGAAUAUGCCACUGUGAAUGGCACCUCCAAACCUGAGCAGAUCAAGCUAAUGCCUCCUGCUCCAAAUGAUGACCUAGCAACACUCAGUGAGCUCAAUGAUGGCAGCCUGCUUUAUGAAAUUCAAAAGCGCUUCGGGAACAAUCAGAUAUACACUUUUAUUGGGGACAUCCUUUUGCUUGUUAACCCAUUCAAAGAGCUUCCGAUUUAUUCCACCAUGGUCUCGCAGUUGUACCGGAGCGGCGCGGGGCAGCCAUGCUCUCUGCCGCCUCACAUUUUCUCCUGUGCGGAGAGGGCCUUCCACCAGCUGUCCCAGGAGCAGCGACCCCAGUGCUUCAUUCUCAGUGGAGAAAGAGGGUCUGGAAAGACCGAAGCCAGCAAACAAAUAAUGAGACACCUCACCUAUAGAUCUGGCACCAGCAGGCCUAUAUUUGAUUCCAAAUUUAAACAUGCCAUGUGCAUUCUAGAAGCCUUUGGACAUGCUAAGACAACUCUCAAUGACCUGUCCAGUUGCUUCAUCAAGUAUUUGGAACUACAAUUCUGCGAGAGGAAAAAACACUUAACUGGAGCCAGAAUUUAUAUGUAUAUGCUAGAGAAAUCCAGACUUGUUUCGCAACCUCUUGGCCAGAGCAAUUUUCUCAUUUUCUACUUGUUGAUGGAUGGAUUAUCUGCUGAGGAAAAAUAUGGACUUCACCUUAAUAAUUUAUGUGCACACCGGUAUUUGAACCAGACCCUACGAGACGAUGUGUCAACAGCAGAGCAUUCUCUGAACAGGGAGAGAUUUGCUGUUUUGAAACAAGCCCUGAAUGUAGUUGGCUUCAGUAACUUGGAGGUGGAGAAUCUGUUUGUGAUCCUAGCAGCAAUCUUACACAUUGGAGACAUUCGGUUCACUGUGCUGAACGAGGGGGACUCUGCCUUUGUUUCUGACCUCCAGCUCCUGGAACAAGUGGCUGGGAUGUUACAGGUCUCGGCAGAUGAACUGGUAUCUGCUUUAACAACUGAUAUCCAAUAUUUUAAAGGAGAUAUGAUCACACGACGACAUACUAUAGAGAUGGCUGAAUUUUACCGGGACCUCCUGGCCAAGUCCUUGUACAGCCGUCUGUUUAGCUUUCUGGUGAAUAGUGUGAACUGUUGCCUCCACAGUCAGGAUGAGCCCAGCAGCAUGCAGACAUUGGAUAUUGGAAUAUUGGACAUCUUUGGUUUUGAAGAAUUUCAAAAGAAUGAAUUUGAACAACUUUGUGUCAACAUGACCAAUGAGAAGAUGCACCACUAUAUCAAUGAAGUGCUUUUUCUACAAGAGCAAACAGAAUGUGUACAAGAGGGAGUUACCAUGGAAACAGCUUAUUCUCCUGGUAACCAGACUGGAGUUUUGGAUUUUUUUUUCCAGAAGCCAUCUGGAUUUCUCUCUUUAUUGGAUGAACAAAGUCAAAUGAUUUGGUCAAUGGAACCAAAUCUUCCCAAAAAGCUACAGAGUCUCCUUGAAUCCUCAAAUACAAACGCAGUGUAUUCCCCCAUAAAGGAUGGGAAUGGGAAUGUCGCCCUCAAAGGUCCAGGCACGGCGUUCACCGUUAUGCACUAUGCAGGGCGGGUAAUGUAUGAAAUUUUUGGAGCAAUUGAAAAAAAUAAGGACUCUCUUUCACAGAAUCUUCUAUUUGUAAUGAAAACUAGUGAAAAUGUCGUGAUCAAUCAUUUGUUCCAGUCGAAACUGUCACAAACAGGAUCCCUUCUAUCUUCCUACCCUUCUUUUAAAUUCAGAGGACAUAAAUCUGCCCUGCUCAAUAAGAAAAUGACAGCUUCUUCAAUUAUCGGAGAAAACAGGAAUUAUCUAGAGCUUAGUAAGUUAUUAAAAAAGAAAGGAACUUCUACAUUUGUUCAAAGACUGGAGCGAGGAAGUCCAGCAACUAUUGCAUCGCAACUCAGGAACUCUCUAACGGAUAUUAUUGGGAAACUUCAGAAGUGUACUCCACACUUUAUUCAUUGCAUCAAGCCCAAUAACUCAAAGCUGCCAGAUACCUUUGAUAAUUUUUAUGUGUCUGCUCAGCUACAAUACAUCGGGGUCCUGGAGAUGGUGAAGAUCGUCCGAUACGGAUACCCUGUUCGCCUGUCCUUCUCAGAUUGCCUGUCCAGGUAUAAGCCCCUCGCGGAGACACUCCCCGGCGAGAAGAAGAAACUGUCUACCGAGGAGAAAUGCCGACUUGUUCUCCAGCAGUGUAAAUUACAAGGCUGGCAGAUGGGAGUCCGAAAAGUGUUUCUAAAAUACUGGCAUGCCAAGCAGCUCAAUGAUCUGUGCCUACAGCUGCAGAGAAAAAUCAUCACCUGUCAAAAAGUGAUAAGAGGAUUUCUGGCACGCCAGCAUUUGAUGCAGAAAAGAAGCAUCAGACUGCAAGAGGCCACAUCCAUCAACAGCUUCCUGCAGAUUACAGAGGACAUGGGGCUGAAGACCUAUGAUGCCCUGGUCAUUCAAAAUGCUUCAGACAUUGCUCGUGAGAAUGACCGGCUCCGGAAUGAAAUGAAUGCUACUUACCACAAAGAGAAGUUGGAGACCAGGAACAAACAAGAGGAAGGAACCAAAAGAACUGAAGACAGGGUUGGAACCAGGCAUUUCCACUGCAGCUCCGUCCCAGUCCCCAUGGCUGUGGACAGCCUGGUGCAGGUGCUGGCUGGCCCGUCCACCAGAUCUCCUUCUCUGCACUCGGUGUUCAGCCUGGAUGACAGCAGUGGCCUCCCAUCACCACGGAAACAGCCUCCGCCCAAACCAAAGAGGGACCCCACCACGCGGCUGAGCGCCUCGUACGAGGCUGUGAGCGCCUGCCUGUGGGCCGCAGCCAAGGAAUCAUCGACUGAAGUUCUCACCCGGCCCAGACCGCACAGUGAUGACUACAGCACCAUGAAAAAGAUUCCUCCUCGGAAGCCCAAGCGAAGUCCCAACACCAAGCUCAGCGGCUCCUCCGAGGAGAUCUCAGGCGCCAGGCCCGGGGCGGUGGGGGCCCCGGGCACGCGGAGCAGAGUGGCGGGCCCACAGUGCGCCCUGGGGGUCCCCGCGCCUCCUGCGCCCCCCGCGCACUCUGAGCCGGAGCCCGAGCCCGUCUACAUCGAGAUGGUGGGCCGCGCCGGCAGCCCUGACCAGGCGGAAGCCGUGUAUGAAGAGAUGAAGUAUUUCGCGCCCCCCGAGGACAGUGGCAGUCGUGGGGCGGGCUCCUGGGCGUCAGUGUCACCCCCUUUACUCUGUGAGGGUCGGAGCCCCAUCACCUUGGAGGAUAGAGACGCUGGCUGCCACACCCCUGGGCCCUGCAAAGACGCUUGCGACAUUCCAGCCCCCUUCCCCAACCUGCUCCCUCACCGCCCCCCACUGCUGGUGUUUCCCCCAACCCCUGUCACCUGCUCUCCCGCGUCCGAUGAAUCGCCUUUGACGCCCCUCGAGGUGAAAAAGCUGCCAGUGCUGGAAACCAACCUCAAGUACCCUGUGCAGUCCGAGGGCUCGAGUCCUCUGUCUCCGCAGUAUUCCAAAAACCAAAAAGGGGAUGGCGACAGGCCCGCGUCCCCUGGCCUACCUGUAUUUAAUGGAUCUCACAAAGUCUCUCCGCCUUCCACACCACCGCCUCCCCCUGCACCUCCUGCCGCUGCCCACCCGCACUUCACCUUCCCACAGGGAAAAGCAGCCACCAACCCAGAUCUGCCCAAAGUGCAGAAAAAGCCAAACUCUGCUCCAGCAGCUGGUCCCUGCAGCUCUUUCUCCAAGGUUCCUUACUCCCCCGGGAAGACAGCAGCUAGAGUGGACCACAGGAAGGCCAACUCCAACGCCUCCUCUCCAGUCCCCUACAGCCCGCCUAACUCCAGACCGCUCAGCAGCCCUCUGGACGAGCUCACCAGCCUCUUUAACUCUGGAAGGAGUGUUCUUCGGAAGUCUGCCGCUGGAAGAAAAAUCCGGGAACCUGAAGGUUUUGAAACUAACAUGAACCUGACUAGCCGAGAUGAUCCUGGUACAUCAGAGAUCGCAUCAGAGACUCAAGAUAGAAAUGCAAAUAACCAUGGACUUCAGUUAUCUAAUUCACUCUCUAGUGCUAUCACUACCGAAAAUGGAAAUCCCGUCUCAAACGGUGUACCUGAAGAAGAGGGAUUCUCCCUGUUGUCUGUGAGUGGGACAGCGACCUCAACGUUUCAGAGACACAGAGAGAGUCACAGCACUCAGGUCAUCCAUCACCUGAGGCUCUCGGAGAAUGAAAGCGUGGCCCUGCAGGAACUCCUAGACUGGAGGCGAAAGCUCUGCGAGGAAGGAGCAGACUGGCAGCAGAUGCUGGAGCACUCAGAGCCCAGGGCGCCUCCCCCACCUCCUUGCAAGAAGCCCACGCUCCUGAAGAAGCCUGAAGGGGCCCCCUGCAGCAAGCUGCCUUCUGAGUUUUGGGACACUACCAUCUGA